AUGCAUGAGCGUGAUGAAAGUCUUGGGCAACUCUCCAGGAGCUCAACACUAGUCGGGGAAACAGACAGCCACGGCUCACCACUGCCGGAGAGUCGAAGCAGAGACAGCCAAAACCUGGCGUCUGAAGCCCUUCCUCAUACGCCUCCUAGUCAAACUCCUGACCCUCCCCCGACCAGCGUUGCAGCCUUUGCGCGACAGUGCGAGUCCUCUUUUGGCUCACACCACCAUUCCACAAGUCCAACGGAUAGUUGUGUGGACGAAGGAAGCCCGGGUUUCCUUCCAUGUCCCAAGUCCUCCAUAGAAGACGGCCAAAAUGGAAACGACACAGCCCUUGGUCAUGGUCAGGCUUCCCGUCGUCCGUCAACGCCCGUCAACGGCCGCCACCUGGAAGAGGCUAGAGUACUGAAAUACGACAGGGGGCGUGGUAUGCAAAUAGUCUGCAUUGUUGGGUCUUUUAUGGGUGCUAUCUUUGCGCUCGGUUUUCUUAUUGCUGGGAUUUACGUCCUCACCACGAGCCAGCCUCAACAAACUCUAUCGUACGAUGUAUCGGAACCAGCGUACUGGGCGAUAUCCUACUCGGUUCACCUGACUUUCCUGUGCUCUGCUUAUAGCGCAAGGGCUAUACGCGAUGUGUCACUUCGAUGGGGUUUGUCCAAAGAUGGUCGACUAGGAUGCAACACGCACAUCGCACCAUUUGCCAGCUCGACAAGAAGCAAGGUGCACAAGUGGUAUAUGGGCAUAGUGUUCAACAUUUCUUUGUCGCUGACCAGUGCCUGUACACUCACGUCAUUCCGGCUGCCCUCCCUGAAGCCCGACGGCAAGGUGAGAUAUGCAGGAUUGAACGGCAUGGUGAUGGUGCUGUGUGGCCUCGCAGCCGGAAUCACCGUCGUCAUCACCUCGUGGACGUUGGCGACCACGAUGAUACCAACGUGGAGCUCAAACCCGUUGAACACGGCGUCAGCAGCAGUACAAAAUGGCCUUGUGACACCUCGCCCCAAUCGAUGCAUGCUAUCGGUACAACAGCAACACGAAGCAGAUGAACGCACGCCCGACAUGUCGACGUACGUGUACCCUCGCGAUACACAGCCAAGCCUGGUUCAAGCCUACCGCUCUACCCGGUAUCUUCUGAUGGCUUCUUGGGCACUUCCUAUGGCUGCCAUCAUCGGAGCGGUCACUGUUCUUGUCCUUUGCUCUCAAGGCUUCAUGUCUUACGCGGCAAUAGGUCAGGGGCUGACGUUCAGCUGGGAAAAGAACACCCGGCCACGCAAUUUUGCCCAGCUGGUCGUUCUGCCAAAAGCAGACGGAUCUUCACCAUAUAAAUUUUCCAGUCGGGCGGUAUGUGGCGUCUUCUUUCUGGCCUCUCUGCAUCUGAUCCAGACCUUGUCGUUAGAUUGCGCAGAGGGGGUGCUGCAUCGUUGGACAGACGAAUUGACCUGGCGAAGAGCGUACGCAGAAGAUGCACAAUCCGCCUCUGGGGCACAACUUUCCCAAAGGUUUCUGGCCGCGACGAUAUUGAGCCCAUACAAAAUUUUGUUCCUGAUGAACAGGGCAACAUUACAUUGGGCUCUUGGUCAGUGCGUAUUGGUGACGUCUCGGCCGCGGAGAAAUGAUUUGGCUCAGAUGGAGUUCUAUUAUGUACGACUGGGCGUGUAUGCUCUUUUUGCCUGUUCAAUCUGUGGCUUUGUCACGUUUCUGGCCACAAGGCAUUCUCGGGGGCCGCAGCCAGCCACAUUUGGGCACCUGCAGACACUGGCGGAUGUUGUCGAUGAUUGGGAGACGGAUGAGAAGAACCGGCUCUGGUGGGGAGACAAGGCGCAGGUGCAGACAACAGCUUCGGCUUCGGCUUCGGCUUCAGUUUCUGAGGAGAGUGAGCGACGGGCAGGGACGAGCAGCAGAAGAGAAGGUGUGUCGCGGAUUCGCAAGUCGGAGCGGUAUCUGUAG